AAGAAAAAAGACAUAUCAUUUUAUAACUAUCAGUGUAUACAUUUCAUAAAGUUUUAAACGAUUGCAAAGUUCUUGACGAGUGAUGUGUAGCAAAUUUGAAGACGGGCCCAGAGCAUCGUGCACUACACCCCCCGGGGUCCAAUCUAAAUCAAUGGGCUUGUGGGUAAUCGCAUAAUAAUUACUAGGACCCCCUCUACCGUCCAUCUGUCGCUAACCAAGGGGUGUUCAACCCCUACAAGUGACAGUGGACAAUGCUAGGGCAACGUAGACGAUCAUCGUAUCUCAGCAGGUCCUAUUGUUAUUGAGUAUUACAAAUGAUAACUACAAUUAUGAUCGGUUUAUGCAUUGGAUUUUCGACUGGUUUACGUGGACCACAUCAUCCGCGAAGCGCUGUUUCUCACCAUCAUUACGCCCCGCAAAAAGAAGUGAAAAUAACGCAAGAUACAGAAUUACUACAGGAUGCUACCCAUUUAAAAGAAGACAUAGGAUCAAUGGCGGACCAAUUGGACUUUUCGAAUAUGACUGAACAGGAGAUCGAAUUCCACUAUUUUAAAGUUCAUGAUAUCGACAAUAAUGCCAAAUUGGACGGAUUAGAAAUUCUUUACGCGAUUCAACAUACAUUUCACGAAAACAGACUUGCCAAUGCUGAACGUGAAAAUUCAAACGAAAACAUGAAAACUAUGGAUUAUGAAGAUGAUUUGCCCUGGAUCGUAGAACUUGUGGAUAGAGUACUCAGAGAAGAUGACGUGGAUCAUGAUGGAUACAUUGGAUAUAUCGAAUAUGUUCUUGGAAGACAAAGAGAUCACAUUGCUCAAGCAAAACGAAAUAACAAAUCGGACAAAUAAAAAUAUAUCUAAUUCAAAAAAUUCUUAAUAAAUAAAAUGUAUUACAAAAUACUACUGUAACAUAUAAAUUUAUGUCUAAAAUUU